UCUGAAGAAGUGCAGUAUAUAUUACAGUGUGCUGCAGCGGAAAACAGUCGUAACGUAAGGCGGAAAUUCCGAGAAGGCGCAAGAGCAGUUUUGAAAGCUUGCGCAUCUCCAGCGAGUUCACUGUAUGAUUAUUACAACGCACGGCCUUGUGAUUACUCUCUCUUCACCUGAUCGCUCCUGAAUGACGUUUGUAAUAAAAUGCUCCUGAAGCCACAAAAACCCGAGACGAGCUUGUCCACAUUUUACUUUCGAUGGAUUCUACUGUUGGUGCUUUGUGCUGAAGGGAAGUCGAUGACCUCAGAUCUCAUAACACACCACUUCAUUGCUGGUCUUGCAUUUAAACUUGAAUGCAACAGAGAACAUGAAAUGCAGAAUGUGAGUGUGAGCUGGAGUCUAAAGACGGGUCGCAGCUUGGAAAACGUCACCGGAAUAAACAUUAAACACAACGCACUGUGGUUUCUACCUGCUGAGUCCUCCCACAGUGGAGAUUACUCCUGUUUCAGCAGAAAAGGCAAUGAAACCUGGGAAACCAUCUUUAUGGUCUCCGUUGUGAAUGGAACAUGCCCUCGUUGGGACAGAGAAGGCAUCACAAAGAGCACAAAUGAACUACAUUGUAACUUGAAUCACAUCUUUGACUUAGACCCACAAUAUCAAAUCACCUGGUUCAAGAACUGCAGCCCAUUUAAUGUGACUAACAGUAGGAUUCUCCUGAUCAACAGAUCAUCAGAGAUGGAUGGACUGUAUACUUGCUUUGUGACGUUCACUUUAGAUGGGCAAAAAUACUCUACUGCCCAGACCACACAAAUUAAAAGUCACUCCUUAGAUGAUGGAGUGACGCCACCCACAAUUAUCUUCCCUAAGAAUGAAACGCACACCGUAACACUUGGUGAAAGUUUUGAACUCACCUGUAAAGCACUUAUUGGGAAGAACAACACAGGGGAAAUAUUGAUGUAUUGGUUAAGUGAAUCUCUAAGCGAAUCUCUAGAUCUAAAGUUCUACGACUUCACCAUGGAAGAGAACAACAGGAUUUAUAUGCUUUGUACGCUGCACAUCCCCAAAGUCACAGCAGAAUAUUUGCACAAUAAUCUCUACUGUGUUAUUAAAAACCCAGCAGGAAGAUCUAAUGGAAUAGUGCAGCUUAUUCCAGCCAAUCAGAGUGAGCGUUAUUGUUGGCUAGUUCUUGGUCUAGUCACUGCGCUUAUAUUAUUGGGUGCAGUGCUGUUCCAUCUGUUUAAAGUGGACCUGGUGCUGACUUACAGGGAUCUGUGCAUGCCAAUGUCUGUACAGAGCGAUGGAAAGUCUUAUGAUGCGUACGUCAGUUAUCUCCAUGGUGACCAACUGAGCUUAUCUUCCUCAAUGACCUUUGCUCUGCAUUUCCUUCCUGCGGUCCUGGAAGAUCUUUAUGGUUACAAACUGUUCAUCAGUGGACGCGAUGAACUUCCUGGAGAAGCGGUGCAGGACAUCAUUGCUGAUCGAAUGAAUCGAAGUAGAAGGCUGAUCAUCGUUCUUACAUCACAGAGCUUUGCAAAGUGUCAGACUGAUGCCAAAAGGAGUCUUUUAACCGACUGUGAGCUCACCGUGGCCCAAACCAAUCCUUCUGCUGUGCAGAUAUGGGGCACGUACGAGCAGCGAGUGGGUCUCUAUGAUGCUCUUGUGAAGGAGGGUCUGAAAGUGAUCCUGGUGCAGAUGGACGACGGGGUGGAAGAGUCUCUGCUGCCUGAAUCUUUACGGUAUAUCAGCCGCACCAAAGGCAUCCUGAAGUGGAGGCUGAACUGCAGCGAUAGUGCUAAUAGAAAGUUCUGGAAGCAUCUACGGUACCGUAUGCCUCCAGCCCGGCAGCAGAAGAGCAAGCAGGUUAUGACGCUUUGAGAACUGGUUUAUCCCUGAAGAGACCAGUGUGAAUUUCAAAGCUGGUCCAGGCUGGUUUACACUGGUUUGUUGCUGGUCUAGCUGGUGGAUCUGUAUUUUUGUCUUGUUUUCUUGUAAAACAAAAAACAAAUCUACAAAUAAUAUUAAGAUACUCAGAGAAAUCUAAGAAUACUAUGCUUAAAACAAGAACAAAAUAUUUGCCUUUUGGGUAAAAAUAUUUAAGAUACAAAUAGUUGAUAUUUAUUACAUUAUUGGAAAAUAGUUGUAUGCCACAAGGGGCGCUACAGCCACAGUAUUAGUGUCAAGAAACGUUGUGAAGUUUCUUUUAAAGGAAUAUUCCGGGUUCAAUACAAGUUAAGCUCAGUCGACAGCAUUUGUGUGGCAUAAUGUUGAUUAUCACAGAAAAUUUAUUUCGACUCGUACCUCCUUUUCUUUAAAAAAAGCACAAAUCUGUGUUCGAGUGAGGCACUUACAAUGGAAGUCAAUGGGGUCAAUAAUCUGUAAACAUUAAAAUACUCACUGUUUCAAAAGUAUAGACACAAGACAUAAACAAUAUGUGUGUUAAACAGGGGAUUUUACUGUCAUAAAGAGUUAUAUUCAUUACUGUUAAAACAGUGAUUUAAACAACUUUACAGCUCAAAUAAUACACAAGUUUUAACAGAAGAAUUAAAGUAAGUGCUUUUAUAAAAUUAUAAGCUUCACAUUUCUGCUUUUAAACACUCCAACGAUUGGCCCCAUUGACUUCCAUUGUAAGUGUCUCACUGGAACCUCCAUUUUUGCUUUAAAUUAAUUUAAAUUAAUUUCUGUUGUAAUCAACAUUAUGCCACAAAUGCUGUCGAUUGGGCUUAAUUUGUGUUGAACCCGGAAUAUUCCUUAAACUAAUGUACACAGAAAGAUUGGUAAUUUUAUUACCGAAAAAUUUCGUAUUUUCGAAAAUAAGUAAAUAAAUAUUUUAUACACAUGGCAUAUUUAAUAUUAUACGUACUUGAUAGUUUUCUAACAUGGUAUUUUUGAAACUUACAACAAUACGGGUUGCAAUUGAAUCUGUUUAUAUGUAUAUAUAAAUGUAUUAAUGUUUACGAGAGCAUGUGAAAUGUGAAGGAUGCCAACUUAUUAUUCUUUAUUUCCAGCAGGUUAAAGAGAAACAUAUGUGUUUACAUGAUUUAUUUGUUUCCUUUGAACAACAGUUUAAAGUUUUGAGACAGCUUUUUCUAGCCUUUUUUUAUUUAUUUUAUAAUUAUUCUUAUUUUUCCAAUGUUGUUGAUCAAAAUUGCAAUGGUCUUUUUGUUGUUGUUGUUAGAAAUAUAGGAAACUUUCAUAAGUGGUGGUACUAUUGUGACUACACUUCAUAGUUGUUGUAAAUUAAUUUUAGAGAAAGUAAGAAAUAAAACCCGACCACUUUAUUAGGUA